AUGACUCUCACCGUCCUCUCCCAAACUCAGCUCCGCGAGCUGCUGCACGCGCUCUCUCGCGACGAGAUCCUUGAAUUGCAGCGCAAUCUCGGCGAGGCUCUACGAGAAUACUCCAGUGGAUCUCAGGAGGAAGGUUGCUCGGCAGCUUACCAACCCCAUCGAACUGCCAUUACUCGUCAGAAUGGUUGCACCACCCUCUUCAUGCCCGCCAGCACGGGCAAGACCAUUGGCAUCAAGAUGAUUUCCCUGCAGGACGGGGGCGCUGCUGGCUGCGCUAAUGAACAGGAGACCGUGGAUGCACAGGAGAAGGACCAGAUUUCCUCGCGCAGACGAGGCUCUUUCCGGAACUCGGUGGCUUCCAUAUCCUCUGAUUUGAGUGAUUUAUCUUUGGGCUCCCAAGAAGACAAGGAGGACACCACCAACAAUGACAGCAGUGUGGCAGGAUCAAGCACGGAUAGUCCCACACUCCUCACUGGUUGUGUCAAUCAGCAAAAUGUCACUUCCAAUAUUUCUAGAACUCUUGGCGCUUGGCCGGGCGCAGGAACUCGUGACACAUCGCCGCGCGGCAGUGUGACACUCCUAGACGACGAAAGCCUGCCAUUCGCAUUGAUCAACGCCCAUGAGCUGACGGCAUUCCGCACGGCCUUGGCUUCGCUGAUGAUGUUCAACAGGCGCAAGAAGGUCCGCACUCUUCUUGUAUUCGGAGCGGGCACCCAGGCUUACUGGCACAUCCGCUUGUCAUUGGUUCUCCGCGGUGACGACAUCCGCCGGGUAUACAUUGUAAACCGUUCUUUCGACCGCGCAGCCAAACUUCUGCAGGAUAUCUAUGGGCCUGAAAACAGCGAAUGGCGCGGGGACGUCAAGUUUUCCGCGGUCAGUACUGAUUUCGGCGAGUAUAGUCGCAUCUUGAAGGAUCACGUGCGCAAGGCCGACGUGAUCUUCUGCUGUACACCCUCUCCGGUGCCACUUUUCCCAGCGGAGUACCUCACCUCGAGCGAAGGCCGUCAAAAGGGCCGGUUGAUUUGUGCGAUUGGAUCAUACAAGGCACACAUGGCCGAGAUCCACCCAGAUAUCCUCCGAGACGAGGUCACUGUGCAGGGUCCACAUAGACACUGGCACAAGCAUAUCCACCGCAGUGGUGUGAUUCUAGUGGAUAGUCUAGACGCUGCCAUGAAAGAGGCGGGCGAGAUUAUUCAAGCCGGAAUUAAACCGAAACAAGUUGUCGAGUUAGGCGAGCUACUGAUGGUUCGUAAUGCCGCUCGCGAAGCGGCGACCGUGGAUGAGGAACAGAGCCUGCGUGAGUGGGCACAACGGGGGAAUGUCAUCUACAAAUCGGUUGGACUUGGACUGAUGGAUCUCGUGACUGGCGGAGAUUUGGUGCGCUUGGCGCGGGAGCGGAAGUUGGGGACCACCGUGGAGGAUUUCUAA